GAGGUACAACAGAGCUCCAGGAUGCUUUGCCUGAAUGAUGAACUGCUCUUUAAACUUAACCUUGGAUACGUCAGUGCUUUGGUCUUCCAGUCCACUGUGAUCGUUCUUCUACUGGCAGACUCCUUUAGAGGCCAGUCUCAGGGGGCUAGACCUUCUCGAACAAUAGUGACAUUAGUUGGUGAAGACGUUAUCUUGCCGUGCCACCUGGAACCUGCAGUGGAUGUUGUUUCUAAGAGUGUGGAGUGGGGGAGACUUGACCUGGAACCAAGAUUUGUCCAUGUGUGGCAUGAAGGUCAAAACAUUCUCAGUAACCAAAACCCAUCUUACAAAGGAAGAACAUCAGUGUCCAUUGAGAAACUGAAGCAUGGAGACCUUUCACUGACACUGUCUGCAGCCAAACUCUCCGAUAAUGGAAUCUAUAGAUGCUACUUUCCCCCACAGAAUAAAGAAUCCACUGUUGAGCUUCUUGUUGGUGAGUAG